AAGGCGCUGAGUGGUAAACACGGUACCGGAUUACACUGGAACGGCUCGUCUCUGUAACACAGAAGCAAUGCGGACUAAAACUAAAUCAAACAGAAGCUCGCCUCAUCUAUGGCAUGUAAAGUGAACACUGCUUAGAACAGACCGCUUUAAUAGUGGUGUUCUUACGGUCUCGGUGCUUUAUCAAACGUGUACAGUUACUUGAAACCGUAAGAAAUCCAGGCCGGGAUUUUGAAUACUUGAACGCAAGCAGUUCUGGGCUCUGAAAAAGGACAUUUUCAAGUUACAGCCGGUCAGAGCGAGCCUUGUGGAAAGGGGGUGUGUUGAAAUUUGGCAGAGGUACGUGCGCAGCGUUCAUUGAAAGUUUUCCCUCUGUAUUCGUGUCUUAUCUGUAUGCUUCUCAAUCAAGACUGCGUUGUUUGGUGCCACUGAGCUUCCUGUUCGUUGUUUGAAUAGCGCCGCUAUACAAGAAGAUACAAGGUGCUUGGAACAGAAAAUGGUACCGAAGACCAGACUUGGGAAACGGUCCCCACUGGGCACCCUGGUGUGUGGUUCCUCAGCGGAGGGCCUGACAGAGACGGGACCCCAUGGAUGCCCGGACAGUGGGCUUCACAGAAGCAAGCUUUACCCGGGACAGAGGGUGUAUGUGCACUGUGGCGGCCAAGAAUGUGGAGGUGUGGUCGAACAGCAUAACCACGUGGACAAUGAAGUGUCUAUUUUCCUGCCGCAGCUCAACCAGCAUGUUCAUCGCAAGCUGGAAGACGUGUGGAUCAGCCCCACGUCCAGCUCUACCUCCGCAGUCUCCUCCUCCAUUGAUGUGCCCAGAAGGAGUCCAGAGUCAGUGGACAUGGAUGAGAUUAUGGCUGCAAUGGUGCUUACAAGUCUGUCGUGCAGUCCAGUCAUCCAGCACUCGGCUCUGGGGAGCGCAACUCAAGCUUUGUGUGGAAUGGAAAAUGGUGGUGGCGAACUGUCUGAUGGUGGAUAUUGGAGCUGCGACCAUGGAAACGGAAGCCCUGCCCCAUCCCCGCCCAUCGCAGAGACGGACAAGAGCGCCCCUCUCGUCGAUGAAGGCCUGGACAUGGAACUGGACCAAAUGUUAUUCAACGAGCCAACACCAAGGAAACGCAAGAACUCGGUAAAAGUUGCAUAUCGGUGCUUGUGGCCAAAUUGUGGAAAAAUACUGACCACAGUAGUGGGCAUCAAACGUCACAUUCGAAAUUCUCAUCUUGGACAAAGUGAAGAGCACUCCCAAAGGGAAGAAGACUUCUACUACACUGAAGUCUAUCAGGACUUGGAACAGACCACUCCCUCUGGUGGCCACCGGCCUUCCUGUACUUCUCCAUCCAGUCCUAGCCGGCUCACGCCCCCAUCUCCCUCCACCCCGGACAUGCUCCAUCCCAGCCCACUCAGCCAGUCCGCCCCGGGCAGCUUCUGGCAGGUCCAUUCUGAGCACUCUUACCAGGCUCCUCCACCCGUUCAGGUUGUGACUCAGAGCAAACCAGUGUCUGUUCCUGUGUCCUGUCAUUGGACUCCAUCUCUUACAGUUCACCAGAGCAAACAGGGCUUACCAUUCCGCCGUCGUUCUGUUAGUGUUGGUGAACAGUGGCUCCAAAAUAACAAUGCCACCUUCAGGCCACAUCCUGCCAGUGUUUCACCUCCAAGAAACCAUUGCACUUCAAGGAGGAUUCGGGGUGAAGCCAAGAAAUGCCGAAAGGUAUACGGCAUUGAACACCGAGACCAGUGGUGCACCGCCUGCCGCUGGAAAAAGGCCUGUCAGAGAUUCCUCGACUGAAUCCUUCUUUAGACUGAUGGAAACCGAACACUAACCUUACAGAGACCCACAAGAGGACAUCUUGCCUGGAACUUUGGUUGGAAGAAACCAAAAGAGCACCUUUUUGACUUUAAACGUUUUCUACUUUUUAUCGCGAUUAUGUGUUUUUUCAAAAAUGCUUUAAGGAAUCAUGUUGGUGCUGGAAGAAUGAUAAAGCAAAAAGGACAGCCUCUGCCCCACAAACUCCUGCAGUCUUCCUACGUCUUAUAUCAAGAACCGAUGAAGUCUGAUGUUCUUUUACAAGCAGUAUGUUCUUAUACAACAGCAGCAGCCAUAUACUUUUUGUUUAAUGUGGUGUAAACAUUGUCGUCAUCAGACAUGGAUGGAAAGUGUACUUAUCAUUCCAACUAAAUUGCUGAUAUGAGACAAGAGCUCUUUACCGUGGUCCAUUGCUUUCAGGGGCAUAGUUGGCAGCUUAUGGUUAAUUGUAGAUAAACAAGAAAGCGGAAUAAAUGUUUUAAUAGCAUAUAACGUAUAUGUUCAUGUAAGCCAUGUUUACCUGUUUUUUCUUCAAUUUCCGGUGCAAAAUUUUGUAAAACAAACUUUUGAAAAGGAAAAAGGAAGACAAAAGGAUUUUGUAUUACGAUUUUGAUAUCUGCGACGUGUUAAAUCGUAUGUUAUGUCAUUAUCAGUGUAUUUCUGUGUCACAGGUUAUACUUCUGUGGAAUGAAAUGAUUCACUUUCCUGUCACAUCAAUAUUAAGGAAUUAUCUGUGUAAACAUGCAUGAUCUGCUGCAGUUAUUUGUUUACUUUUUGCGCUUUUGCCCCAAUCUGCUCACUGGCUGUUCAUCUGUUUGGAUUGUGUUAUUGCCAAAGAGAAUCUCAGCAAGAUAAUACGUCAUAUACAUCUCUGCAAAAUAAUGUGAAAUGAAUCUGUUGACCAUUUAUGAGAACCUUGUAACUGUUUGAUUGGUUCAUGCUCUUAAUACUGGGUCCAAAUAUUUUCUUACUUUGUAUAACACUUCUAUACGUCAUCUUUUUUAGGCGUAGCUAAACAUCUUUUGCAAAGCUUGAUGCUUUGACAACAUAAAACUGAAUGUACCUUACCCUGAAGAUCUCUGUAAAUCUUUACGGAUUUCCGACAGUCACGGUCAUAGCUCUUUAAGGACAUCCUAGUCUGAGAGACAUUCGAUGAGCCUCAUGGAAAACAAUCUUUUUGUACAUUUUUGUAGAGUACUUCCAAAGUAUUUUCUUUCAUGAAAAGUCAAGAACUGUUUGAGGUCUGUUCAAGAUAAAAGUAUAAUUUCUUUUCAUGAAACUUAUGUUGCUUCAAGCCUUUUUAAAUAAACUUUUGUGCAAACAAGUACGACAGCAA